AUGUCACAAACUUCUUGGACUCGCAAAUCGCAACUUUCAGAUACUUCGAAUACUUUAGACAAUACAGAAGUUCCACUGCAAGAUCAGCCAGCUAGUGGCUAUUACAAUCCUUCGGGUGUAAUAAUCCCCCCUAACAAAGGCAGCAAGCAUUAUUCAAUGGAUGAAGUCUUCAAAGUUUGGUAUGAUAAUAAAGAACGUAUUUUAAAUACUAUUUCUUCAAAUUCAGUAACCGAAACAGAAAAUUACAAAGUAUCAGAACCGAAUCAAAUUUAUCAUUUAGACUUGCAAAAUUUGAACUCCGAAUCUACAAAAGAGACUCCCGUUACUUCGCAAUCUCCUAAACAAAAUGCAAAUGAUUUGAAUGAAUCUUUAGCCAAUUUAUCUAUUGUUGAUCCACCGAAUCAAACCUUAAAUGGAGCUGCAAAUGAACCAGUUAGGUCUUCGCAAGGACCUCCUCCGGGUAUUUUCCCCAAAUCUGAUAACCCUGUCUCGAGUAAUCCCAUUUCUGAAACUCCCCUUUUGCAUCCAUCUCAAAUUGAAUGGUUUUAUUUAGAUCCUAGUGGUAAUGAACAAGGUCCUUUUAAUGGUAGUAUGAUGCAGGAGUGGUUAACUGAUGGCUAUUUGAAUCUCGAUUUGAUGAUUAGAAGAAAAGAAGAGGGCCAAUUUCAAACUUUAAAACAACUAUGUGAUAGCCUUGAGAAUUACAUUCAACCUUUCCAAGUCCCACUUCCUGAUUUAAGUUACGCUAAAGCCAACGAUGUUUCACACAUGUCUGUUCAGAAUCCAAAUACUGCUCAACCUCAAACUCAGCAAUUUGAUCAAUUCCAAACUCCCCAAAAUACAAGAGGACUUCAUCAACCUCCACCGCCUCCACCUCAGCAACAACCCUCAUUACCUUUUGGAAACCAGCAUCCUUCUCAAUUUCAUCAAUUUUUGUCUCAUGGACCUGGUAAUCUUGGUGCUGCCAACAUGAGAUUGAACACAACAAUGGGUUCCCAGUCUAAUUUAUUUGGUAAUGAUUUCAUGUCACCUCAAGAUCCUUUCAGCGCUACUCCUUUGUCUUCUCUGGCAAACCCGGCUUUUACCAACAAUCAGUUUGGUAUCGAUGCCGUGAAUCCUAGUGGUUUGGGUAGUUUUAAUCAACCUUUGUCUAGUGGAUUGCAUAUGCCAUCUUUAUUACAACAGCAAAUCCAAAGUCAACAACAACCAGUUCUUUCCAGGGCUAAUAGUGGUUGGGGUAUUGAUCCCUCAAGUGGAUUCAUGGGCAGUACACCAACUACACCAGUAAAUGUUAGCCAACCAUUAGCAUCUCAAUUGACUCAACCAGCACCUUUAUCUCCAUGGAUUUCGGCCGCUCAAUCCCAGUCUCGAGUCAGUUCUCCUUUUGUUCCUUCUUCAAACUUACCUAGUAAUGAUAAAAUAGAAACGAACAGCAAUUCAGUAAAUUAUCCUAAUACUAAUCACCAACAUGUUGAUGAUCAUGUAUUAAACCAAAUUCAUAAUUCAGUUACUGAUAUCUUAAGCGAUGGUGAAGACCACAGCUCAAAUAAUUUACCAGUAAAACUGGAUCAAAUUUCCCAACAAAUUCCUGAACCAGUUCCUGAGCCGAAACCUUUCUCACAACCAGUUCCUGAACCAGUUCAUGAAUCAAUUCCUGAGCCAGUUAAUGAACAAACCUCUGGUUCAGUCAUUGAACAACAACAGCAAUAUCAACAACCAGGGCAUCCAAGCCAACAAGAACAACAAGAACCAUCAAAACAAGGUCAACAAGAUACUCCUAAACAAUCUGUUGAAACUGAGUCACCAAUCCAAGAACUUCAAGCCUCCAAAUCUAAAGAAACUCCAUCUAUUGAAAACUUGAAACCUGCAUCUCAACCUCAACAACAGUUGGCGCCUUGGGCAGCAGCUACUGUUAAGACUGAAUCUCAAAAGAAACCAACUUUAACCUUAAAAGAAAUUCAAAAAUUAGAAGCUGAAAAAUUAGAAAAGCAAAAACAAGAAUUAAGAAAUGAAAAAGCUGCUGCCGUUGCCGCUGCUGCAAGACAAUUAGCUGAAGAAGAAAAGCAACAACAAUUGUCCGAGAAACCAGGUUUACCAAAGACAUCAAGUUGGGCAACUAAUACUAAACCAGUGGUCGCUAAGAAAACAUUAGCUGAGAUUCAGAAAGAAGAAGCAGAAGCUGCUGCUAAGGCAAAAGCCAAUUCAGCCGCCGCAGCCAUUGCAAUGAAUAAUUCAACAUCAAUGAGUAGCUCCACAAGUAAGCAAUCUUUUGCAAAUGCCGCCGCUAAUUCUGUUUCAAAAGAUGAUGGAGCUUGGACUACUGUUACAUCUAAAAAACAACCAGUUACUACUAAAAAACCAACAACACCAGUUAUUACCAAUAAUUCUAUCAAAUCGUCCCCACAGUUAUUAAGAUCAGUUUCGGCCUCUAAAUCUAAUGUUCCAACCAAUACUGUUGACUAUAAUGGAAUCAGAGAAGAAUUUUUAAUCUGGGCUAGAUCGAAUAUGACCAAUUUAUACCCAACUGUUUCCAAAGACGAUUUAUUAGAUAUUUUCAUCACUUUACCAACUAAUCAAGAUUCAUCACAAUUAAUUGCUGAAACCAUUUAUAGUUCAAGUGCUAUUAUGGACGGUAGACGAUUUAGUCAAGAAUUUUUGAAAAGAAAAAGCAAGGUUGACCAAACUAUUGGGGCUAGUGAUGAUCUUGAUUGGCAAAGUGCGAUUGUUUCAAGUGCUGAUAAAGUUUCAACCGUUGAUGAGAAUGGUUGGAGCACCAGUGUCAAACCUAAGAAGAAGGGUAGAAAACAUUGA